AAAUUUUCAAUAACAAAGAAAAAUCAAAGAUUUUUAAUGAAAAUUUAUUACUUAAUUCCGAAAAUGACUUUCAAGAAAACUACGAAAGUGAAAAAAGAUUUGAAUCUGUUGACAAUGAUUCCAAUGAGGAACAUGAAGCAGAAUAUUCAUCCGGCGAUGAAAGAGAUGUACAUCCUCGUGAUGUCUCUUCAGAUUCAAUUUCAAUUUCCGAAAUGGAAAAAGCUUUACCAAAAUACAAACAGAAUAUUCAAGAGAUUGUAGAAAAAUCUCAUAAUGCAUUUUCCUCUCAAAUAGAUACAAUUUUUACUGAGGUUCGGAACAAGUUAGAAGCACAAGAUCAAAAAUUACAACAAAAAGUCUCAGAAAUUGAUUUAGAUCAUCAAAACCGCAUUGAACGACAAACUCAAGAAAUUUAUAAUAAUGUUGGUGCAAAUAUGAAGAAAGCUCUAUCAGAGUUUGAAGAGGGUUUGAACGAAAAUAUUAGAUCAAAAUUUGACAACUUUGAUAAAAAUAUUCAACAAUAUAUUGAAUCCAGAAUCAAAGAUGAAAUUGUGAAUUCUCAAAAAUUCUGUGAUGACACUACUCAAUUCAUAAAUAAUAUGGAAUCAAUAAUUGAUAAUAAAGUUGAUAAAUACAUUCGUGAAUUCUACUUAAAAUAUGAUGAUAAAUCUGGUGUCGAAAGUAUUGAUGAUGAAACCGGAAAUCAAAGAUAUAUAUUAGAAGGCGAGGAUAAUAAAAAUUAUGACCUAGCUAAUGAAUUAUCCAAUUUUGAAAAAGAUAUGAAUGAUCAAUAUUCAGAAAUCGAUAAGAAAACUUCUAAUAUUGAAAUCUCUCUUAAAAAAAUACAUGAAAAUAAUUUUAAACCUGAAGUAACUCAAUCAAAAAUUAACACUUAUUCUGAUAAAUUUAAUACCGAAUUUCGAAAUUUGCAAGAUUUAAGUAAAGAAACUGAUCAAAAAAUUCAAAUUAUCGAAAAUGAUAUUAAUAAAUUAAAACAAGAAGUAGAAUGUUUAGAAUUUGAAGCAAAGAUCGAUGAACAAUUGGAAAAUAAGCUUAAAGAAUACGAUGGAAAGAUCAAUUGUGCGGAGGAAGCAAUGAUCAAACUUGAAAAUAAAUAUCAAGAAUUGAGUGAGCAAACCACGAAAAUUCUUGACACUGUCAAGAAAGAAUCUGAUAAAGUCGACGUCCAAAUAGAUGCAUUGAAAAAAAGUGAUGAAUCGAUAGAACAAUUAUUACUUAAAGAAAUUCAAGAUAAUGAAAAUAGAAUAAUAAAUAAACUUAAAGAAGAUAGGGAGGCCAAGAUGGCACAGAUGAUCGCGGCUGUUAAAGAGGAGGCAGCGAGAGUAAUGGAACGGGUAGAUAUUCUGGAAGCUGCUGACAAUACUUUAAGUAAAAUUUUAAAAGAAAAUGAAGAGAAAGUUGUGAAAAUGAUCGAGGAGGAUAAAGUAGCCGCAGAUAAAAUUAUUCAAGAACGUAUUAAAGAAGCGAUCAAUACAUAUACGAGUGAAUAUGGUGAAACAGUGGAGCGGCGGGUUCUUGAGGCAGUUCAACAAUACGAAGAACGUGUCAACAAAUUGGAAGAUACUUCUUUUGAACUUGAAAACACGUUCGCGGAGGAAAUCAAAACAACAAAGGAAAAAAAACUUCGUUCUUUUGAAGAAGACAAUCAAAAAUUAAAAGAAUCUAAACGAGAAUAUAAAGAAAAAUUGUUGGAAAAAGAUUUGGAGAUACAAGAACUUAAAGUAACGGUGGCAUCUAAUCAUUCUUUGGCCAUACGACUUGAAGAAGAUAAAGCUUCAUUGGAAAGAAAGGUGAAUGACUUGAGGACAGAACGCAAGCAACUGGAAAACAAAGUCAAGGACUAUGAGAAUAGGUUUCAUGAAGCUGAUAGACGAUAUCGAAACAAAUUAUUGGCUAACGAGGAAGAUUUAAAACGCCUUAAACAAGAAAAUGAAAAAUAUGAAAAAUGGGCACAAAAAGCUGGAA